UAUCUUUCCAUCUCUUCAAACCCUCCUCAUAUAUAUAACCAAACCACCCAUCAGUAUUCUCCAUAAGUUCUUCCUUCUGCACACGUUUUAAUUUAGGCCAGUUUUUGUAUUUGUAAUAUACACUGAUCAAAAGAAUGGCAAUGGGUAGAGUAUCUUUAGAAAAAAAGUUCCAUGUAUUAGCAAUUGAUGAUAGCAUCAUUGACAGAAAGUUGAUUGAGAGACUCCUCAAGAUUUCUUCUUAUCAAGUUACUAUUAUGGAUUCUGGAGUAAAGGCUCUUGAGUUUCUGGGGCUGCUGGAUGAUGACAAUGGAAGCAUUGAAUCUACCUUUACUUCUACGACACAAAAUCAUCAAGAAAAAGUCGAUUUAAUUAUUACAGAUUAUAGUAUGCCCGGAAUUACUGGUUUUGAUCUCCUGAAAAAGAUCAAGGAAUCGAAGUCAUUAAAGAACAUCCCAGUUGUGAUAAUGUCAUCAGAAAAUGUUCAAUCUAGGAUUAACAGUUGCUUGGAGAGCGGAGCUGAAGAAUUCUUGCUGAAACCAGUUCAACAAUCUGAUGUUAAUAAACUUAGACCUCACUUAUUGAGAGGAAUGCCUGAAUCAAACUCUUUUGGUUAUUAGCUUGGGAUAGAAUGUUGAGAGACUAGUCUAACAUUUUCAUAUAGGUCGAUAGAUUUACUGAUUACUUGGAGUAACCCCCUUUUUGACUCUGUAAAUGUAAA